AUUCUAUCCCUCUGUUCACACAGCCUAGAAUUGUGUUGGGUUUUUUUGGCAGCUGCAACACACGGCUGGCUCCUAUUUAAGGGAUUGCAUUUAAGGUUGAAUUGUCUUUUUUAAAAAAUGGAGUUGAUGAUGAAAAUUUUGCCCAGCUACAUGGGAAAGUCUGUCACGCGCUAUGUUGCUUACACAUAUUUAAAACCAUCUUUUGCAUCCUCCCAGCCGAGGAGUCUAGCAAAGCUUCUUUUUUAUUUAUGUUAAAGCCACAACUUUACUGUGGCUUUAAAUUAUUUCAAAUUUUGGGUUUGUGUGUGUAUGUGUGUGUGUGCUAAAGAUCACCUUGGGCUUCUUGACUGGUGGAUAUUUUGCCAAAGCAAGGCAGCCAGGAAUGUUUUCCUUCUUGUUCUGCCCAUGUCCUGAAACUCUUCAAUUCGGAAAGAUGCAAGGAUUCAACUCCGUCGGAGGAACUCUAGCCAUCCAGGUCUCUCCGACCAGCAUCUCCUUGGAUUUUCCCACGACGCCCCUCGGAGGCGAUAAACGGGUUAGAAUCCAGAACUGGAACUUUCAGAACGAUUUGAAAUGAAACAGACCUUUGUCGUCCUUGAAUCCUGACUCCCGAUCCUUGCCUAGUUCCGACGGGACACAGAUGGACGUGCUGCUGACCCCUCGCUUGCAUUCAUAGGCCGAAGGAUGAGAGGUUUGCAGGAAAAAGGCAAACCACGAUAAAAAAAAAUGCAGACUACUUUCCUGCCUUCUCCAAUCCUCUUCAUCGUCCUCUCCACCCUGCAGGGUAAAAGUCUGAUUAACGAUCCAUAUAAAUACGAAUGUGUCCGCCAGAAGAUGCCCUGCCACCCAAAAGCCAUUUGCCAACUGGACAAACUCUCUUUAGAGUUUUAUUGCCGUUGCUUGCCAGGCUACGACGGAGAUGGUGUCCAUCUUUGCCAAGCCCCGGCCUUCCACCUCACUGUUUCUGACGCUUCCCUUUGUGACGAGAUGGGCGAGCAGGUGUGUCUCCUCCACGUGAAAGAGCCGACCGUCACUUUCCGAGUCUCCGUCUCGGCUUCCGCCACCCGCCGUCGGCCCAGCCUGGUCUGGUACAAGUUCUACACUGCGCAGAGCCCGCAGUUCCACAGCUACCGACGGCGUUUGGGAUCUUUUGAAAACAGGACCCUGAGGAUAAUGGUGGGCCGCCACAGCCGUGUCCUGACCCUCCUGUCGAUACAGGAUGACGAUUUUUACCCCAACCUUUUCUGGGUGGAAGUGAGACGCCAUCCCCUGAUCCCCAAAACUCUGGGAAUUGAAGCUUACGAUUUAACCCACUUCCAAACGUUAAACCCUUCUCGACUGAGAUUCUAUUUUGCCCUGGAGGGAACGUCAAUUGAGGUUGGACCCUUUUUGGAAGGCGAUACAGCGGUCCUGCAGUUACACAAGUACCUGCACCUCUCGCCUUCCAGCUUCGUCAAGUGGAUCCAGGAACCCCGUCCACUGACCUUGCUGGAUAACCAAGCCGUGGUCAUCGCCGAGGACGUUGAAAAGAUGGAGAUCAGCGGAUUAACGGAAUCUAACUUUGGUUACAUCCGAGCCCUGGUUUACGAUUUUCACUCUGAGGUCCCUGGACGUGUUUUGGUGGCUGAGAGACUCUUCUUAAUAAAGAAAGACGUCAGCAAAACCUGCCAGGGAAGCCGAGAAGAAAGGGACUGCCGUUGCAAUCCGGGAUUCGAAGGAAGUGGUGUGCAUUGUGUCGACAUCAACGAGUGCCAGAGAAAAACCGCCACACCGUGCCUAGCCGAGGCCAAGUGCCUCAACACCUAUGGAUCGUAUUCCUGCCACUGCCCGCAGGGCUUAGAAGGGGACGGCCUGCUCAGCUGUGUAGACAUCGACGAAUGUACGCGAGGCACCCACGGCUGCAACCAAGACGCGUUGUGUUUGAACACCCUGGGCUCCUACAUUUGUGCCUGCCGCAGUGGCUUUGUGGGGGACGGCUUGCGCUGCACAGCCAAGAGCGCCUGGUCUCCGUGGUCCCCGUGGUCCCCCUGCUCCGUCACUUGUGGCUUCCAAAGCCAGAUGCGCAUCCGCGAGUGCGCUCACGUGGAAAGCGGGAUGCGCUGCCUAGGGCCUUCGUCUGACCUCCGACUCUGCCUCGGCCUGCAUCCUUGCCCUGCGGAUGGCAGGUGGUCUGUGUGGUCCCCCUGGUCACCGUGCCUGGAGACGUGUUCGGGGGUCAAGAAACGGGUCCGGCUCUGUGACAGCCCUCGUCCUUCCAGAGGAGGCCUCCCUUGCGAAGGGGAGAAGGAGCAACUCGGAUUAUGCCACCUGAGCCACUGUGCCGUGGACGGAGCGUGGUCUCCCUGGGCAGCGUGGACACCCUGCCCCGUCUCCUGCGGGUUAGGAGUCGUGCGGCGGUCUCGGCAGUGCAACAAGCCAUCCCCGAAACACGGAGGGAGGAACUGCAGCGGUCACAGCUAUGAAGAAGGCACGUGUGGUUUUCCGGAAGCGCUCUGCAGAUUCCUAACCAAGCCUUCUGGAUCCCUCAUACCUGGCAAACCGAUUCGGUAAAAAUGAAAGCCAGACCCCCAAAAGUAAGCAUUUUGCUCAAAAAACCCCACAAAUAACGUCAGAAAGAAGCCUUGCAGGAAAUCACACCUGGCCUGGAGGAUUACCUGGGAAGAGUCUCAAGGCAUCAAAAUAAAGGGUAGGUUUGCAAGCAGACCUGGGUGCAAAGAACUGCUUUGGAAGAUACUGCUUUUAAAAUUGCCUUUAAUUAAGUGAUAAUCAGCUCCUGGCAUUGUGGGAGGUAUCAUGAAUAGUGGAUGGAUUUCGCCAAGGUUUAGAUGCAAUGUUUUGGAACUGCGAGAGGUUUUCCAGCAGGAUGGGACCUGUAGUUGUGGGGGCAGCAAUCAGAGGCUGAGAAAUGGAUGGUGAAGGUCUUUGGGUACCCCCACCCCAACUAUGAGCAGCAAAAGAUUAAAAACUGGAUGAAGACUGUGAUUAAAAUGUAACGGCCGUUGGAUCAACGCCUUCUUCCUUUUGGACGAGCGGUGCCUGUUUUUUAGUUUUAUUUGCAUCCCUUUUUCCAAGAGAGAUGCCAUUAAAUUCUCCUUCCACUCCUGCAUGUAGUAAGUUAGCUCCUAGAUACCUUUUUUUUUAAAAUGUUUGGAUGAAGUAAUUCCUCAGAAGACUCUUAGGCCUGCUUGAUUUAAAGUUUUGAAAAUAAAAUAAAAUAAUUUGAUUUGGGGCCAGCUUACCUCCACUUGGAUUCUCUGGGCUGUUUUGACUACAUUUACCAUCCUUCAUUUCCCAGUAGGGAACGAUGGGCUGCGGUUGAAAACAGCGUCUCAGCCUUAGCUGCUUAAAGAUGUACAGACUUCAACUGGCUAGGGAAUUCUGGGAGUUUAAAGCCCAAACAUAUUGGCUGGGGGAUUCUGGGAGUCGAAGUCCACCCGUCUUAAUGUUGCUAAGGCUGCCAAAUACUGCUUUUAAAACCCUUGGAAAGAAGAGCGUUAAACAGUGUUCAUACAGUAUUUUGGCGACAGAAGAGUCAGAGAUAUUUCCUUAAGGAACAUGAAAAAAACAAAAUAGCAUGAAGAAAUCCAUUUACACAAAAGGGAUUUCCCCCCCCCCCCUAUAGAGGGGGAAAAAGCCAACAUUUGAAAUACAUUUAUUGUAUUACCAAAAGGGAAAAAAACUUAUAAAAAUAAGAUUUUUUGUUUGUUUGUUUUUUGUUCCUCAAAAAGAUCAUGACAGCAAAGCAAACAUGUUUUGACAAUUUAGGAGAAAAGGGGAACCAAUUCUGUCUGUUUCGUGGCGUCCCAGUCAGAUCCCCUAAACUGAGGCCAGCAUUGUUGUCUGAAUGAUCCCAACAGGGAGAGAGAGAGAGGCAGGCAGACGUCGGCUGAUUAUUUGCUGUGUCCCGAGCCAGACCCCCCCUCCCAAAGCAGGGGUCUUCAGACCUGGACCCUUUUAUGACUCGUGGACUUCAACUCCCAGAAUCUCUCAGCCAGGCGACUAAGCCAUGUCCAUCUUAAAAUAGCUUACACAAACCUUACAACAAUGGUUAAAUACAGUUAUGUACAGUGUAUGUUUGCUCGAGGAGAUGAAAGGGUGAACCUAACUAAUACAAACGUCACUUGGGGUUUCUUGACCGAGUUACAAACAGCUUUUUUUUUCCCCUCCCCACUCCACGUAGCACUGUAGAAAAACAAAACACUUUUUGGCAGUCCGUCAAGGGAAGGAAUGGGGUCCGCGGAGGUUGGUACCCCUCGUUUCUAGAUCCUUUACAACCAAAGGGGGGAAUCGAGGAGCGAUGACCCCCUUUACACUGGAGGAUGCUUAAGGAACGAAACCAGGGCAUCCUCUCCUCGUGGACGCAAAA